AUGGAAGUAGCAGAUACCGACAAAGGACUUGAUUUAGAUCCAUUCUCAUAUACCUCGACUAGUAGUACUGUUCCUUCAAUCCCUUCGUACAUGACUUCAAAAUUAGGUCAUGAAACAUUCACUAUAUGGAUGAAAUCGCUUCUAUUCCAUACAUAUGGUUGCACUGUUUUCAAUUCCAAGGGGGAGAUCGUUUAUCGGGUAGAUAAUUAUGGUACCAAGUGUAGCCGUGAAGUUCAUCUCAUGGAUCUUCGUGGAAGGGUUCUCUUCACUAUUUGUCGGAAUAAGAAAUUACAAGUUUUUGGUGGUUGGAAUGGUUAUAGAUGGAGCAGCAGUUCUGGCAUAAACAAGGAGGAGAAGCCAUGGUUUCAAGUCAAAAAAUAUUGCAGAUUAAUGCUUAUGGCCGGAGAUCACGACGUUGCUUGUCGAAUUACUGCGGGAUAUGACAAGUAUUUGAUAGUUAGAUUGGCCGGAAAAUCAGCAUUUAGGAUAGUAGGAGUUGAUGGGGAGAUUGUUGCCGAGGCAAAGGCGAAGCAUUCAUGUUGUGGAGUAGAGCUGGGAGAAGAUGUAUUAACUUUGGAGGUGAUGUCUCCUCGUCUUGAUCAUUCCUUAAUCAUGGCUCUUGUGAUAGUGUACGGACUAAUUCAACGUAGAUUGUAA